UCCGGUCCAGCUCUUAAUUUCCAGCCUCAUUAGCACCUCUGGCAGCCGCUCCUGGCCGCCCGCCCGGGAUGUAACAGGUCGGCACCCGGCAGGAUUUAUCUCCCGGGGAUGGGAUGUCCUGUCCAGAGCUUGCCCUGGGCUGGAGAGGUGGCACCGGGCGGGCUGGGGAUGCUCCAGGCUGGGCCAGCCCCCGAAAUGGGGAUGGUCUCGGCAUCGAGCUGCUGGUUUGCUGCUGACUGAGCUCAGAAAAGCACCUUGGAUGGGAAAACACACCGUAAAUGCUAAUAAUACAUCCUAAACGCAAAAGUGCCCCAUAAAUGCUUUUCUCCUGCAAAAACAUGAGUCCUGCUCAGAGGGGGCCGAGGGGAAACCGAGGCAGCACCCGGAGCUGAGCCACAAGGGCAAUUAGCCCCAGCGUAAUUAACGCUGCUCACCCAGGGCGGGCAGGAGUCUCUGCUGUGGAGGGGGGGUCCAGGCUCAUCCAUCACACGGCUGGAUCCAAACUGGGGGGUUCCGAGGGCUCCCCAAAGCGGGGAGGGGGGGUCACCGCGUGCCUUUGGAGGGGACAUGGGGACAUUCCAUCCCCCCUGCACCCAGCCCGGGUGUGCAGCUCCUGGGGGCGCUCGGGGAGGGGGUCGCAGAGCAAUCCCCCCCCCACCACAGCAGCCCCCCGGCUGCCGGGCGAGGGGGCCCAGCCCGGGGCAGGCUCGGCGGGCGCUUUGCAGCCGGCUUGGCCGUCCCUCCUCCAGCCGGGAUUUGCACACGAAUCCCGGCUCUUCACACGAGCCAAGGCCACCGGCUGCCACCAGCGCCGGCCACACGCCCGGGGUCACCCGCGCCGACCCCCCCGGCCCCGGAGGAGGAUGGCAGCCGGAGACGAGAAGCGGCACCUCCUGAGCGAGGGCACAGGCGGGUACGGGGGUGCCAGGGGGGGCCGGGGGUGUCGUGCCCCCUCUGCUGUGCGGCUCCCCAGUGGGGUCUGGCCGGGGGAAGGGGCUGGGGAGGGGGAGCACUCAGGGUCCGGCCGAAGCCCCCCAGCCCCAAGCAGCGCUUUGGCCGGCAGGGGCUACGCGGGGGCUGCGCGGAGGGACGGGCAGAGCGCGGAGCGGGGACAGGAGCCCGCCCUGGAGCUGGGGACACGGCGUGGCCAGCACUGCCACACGCGGGGGGCUGGCGGCCACCCCGGCCAGCAGCAGCGGGCGAGGAGGAAGCUCUACCUGGCCGCUGGCAUCUGCCUCUUCUUCAUGGUGGGGGAAGCCGUGGGUGGGUACCUGGCACACAGCCUGGCCAUCCUGACGGACGCUGCCCACCUGCUGACGGACUUUGCCAGCAUCAUGAUCAGCCUCUUUGCACUCUGGGUGUCCUCACGGCCCCCCACCAAAACCAUGAACUUCGGAUGGCACCGGGCAGAGAUCCUGGGGGCCCUGCUCUCCGUGCUCUCCAUCUGGGUGGUGACGGGGGUCCUGGUCUACCUGGGGGCCCAGCGCUUGCUCUCGGGUGACUACGACAUCGAGGGCGGGGUCAUGCUCAUCACCUCGGCCUGCGCCGUGGCCGUCAACAUCGUGAUGGGGCUGGCUCUGCACCAGACCGGGCACGGGCACAGCCACGGGGCAGCGGGCGAGCCGCCCAGCGCCAGCGUCCGCGCCGCCUUCGUGCACGUGCUGGGCGACCUGCUGCAGAGCGUCGGCGUCCUCGUCGCCUCCUACAUCAUCUUCUUCAAGCCCCAGUACAAGUUCGUGGAUCCCAUCUGCACCUUCCUCUUCUCCGCGCUGGUGCUGGGGACAACGCUGACCAUCCUUCGCGACGUCCUCCUCGUCCUCAUGGAGGGUAGGGACCCCCGGGGCGGGGUGGGCGGCGGGGGCACCCACCGGGGGGGCCGUGGGGCCGUCCCCGAGCUGCCGUGCCCCCGCAGGGACCCCCAAAGGGAUGGACUUCAACGCCGUGCGGGAGACGCUGCUGGCGGUGCGGGGCGUGGAGGCCGUGCACAGCCUGCACAUCUGGGCACUGACCGCGGCACAGCCGCUGCUCUCCGUGCACAUCGCCAUCAACGCGGCUGCCAGCGCGCAGGAGGUGCUGGAGGAGGCGAGCUCCCGGCUGCAGGGCGCCUUCCGCUUCCACAGCACCACCAUCCAGGUGGAGAGCUACUCCGAGGAGAUGCGGGACUGCCGGGAAUGCCAGCCCCCCCGCGACUGACCCCCGCCCCCGCGCCGCGGGGCGCUUUUCAUGUGCGGCAAAUAAAGCAGCGCGCACGGGCUGCGCGGGGGGAUGUUGGCUCUGGGUGUUAUCUCCGCUAUCGGCGGGAGCCAAGGACAGACCCAGGGCUGCGGCAGCCUGAGGGUGGCUCUUGGAGGCCACCUAAUAUUCCGUAUUUCUAUUCAGCUGGGAGGAAAGCCAGCUGGAACACGCCUUUUCCUUUCUCCGGGGAGCGCUGCGAGGCGAUGGGGUGCUGGGCUGCCCGGGGACUGCGGGACACCCAGCUGGAGCCGGGGAGGGAGGUCACACACAGCUCUUAUCGCUCCUCUGUUUGCUCUCGGGAAGGUGAAGGACUCUCCCUCCCCGCAGGCCUGCGGGGGCUGCCCGGGUUAUUCCCAGGGUGCCGAAGGCAGAAGUGUUGCAGCAGCCAAAAGCCGGUGCUCCCGGUUCUCCCGGUGCUUCCCCCACACCCCACAGCCACCAUCCGGAUCCUACACUCCCCCCUCCUUUAUUGCACUGUUAAAAAACCCAAUAACGGGUAA